AUGCACAACAAGUCAUCUCAGUCUCAUGAGCUUGAUAUCCACAAGCCGAGGAGCAGCAACCAGACGUCACCUUCCCUGAAGUUGUCCAAUGGUUACAUUCUGCCAGAGGGAAAACUGACUCCCAACGCCCUGUUUGUUGGUGGGAUAGACAUGAAGGUGGAUGAAAAUGAAAUGCGGGACUUCUUUGCGAGAUAUGGUGCUGUUAAGGAAGUAAAAAUUAUCACAUACCGUGGAGGUAUCUGCAAAGGGUAUGGCUUUGUGUACUUCAGUGAAGAUGUCAACAUUCAGUCAAUCAUUGAUCAACAGAUCAGUUUUAAGGGCCGAAAACUGAAGCUGGGCCCUGCCAUCAUGAAAGAAAGGAGCUCCCGGUCUAUGCCAUCCCGUCUGGUUGGCCCAGCUCCUUGGAUGAGCCCCACCCAGUACUUCUACUGUGCUUGCUGCUCACCUGUGGGAGGGAGUAUGGCACAACCUUCGCCCAUACUCAGUAAUAGCAGCCCCUACAAUCAGCCAUACUCCUAUUCCAACUUUGGAGGGGUGAUGAUCCCACAGAUGCCAAUGAACUACGCACAGAACGUCUAUGCCUACCAGUACACUCCACCUCACUGGACGGCGGACCAGAGGACACGGCCUGUCAAUCAGAGCUUUGUGGACUGUGGAGUCCAGACUAUGUUGACUGUGCUGUAG